CAAUGACGGUUGGCCGGCUGUUGGCCCGUUCGUUGCGCUGGUCCCUUCCUUUAUCAGUGAGGUGACAAGCUGAGGUGACAGCCAGCCAGCCAGUCGGCCUGCCUACCUUGCAGUUUGGAGCUCGAUCUGCUCGCUGGUGGUUCCCCAUCUUAUAUCAACAACAGGCUGCGCACCCCUCAUCCCUCCUCAUGGUCCGCCCAGUCAGUGCCUCCCUUCCCUUCGUUCCGUCAUUCUUGCCCGCCACGCGUCUCAUCUCCUCCUCCCGCUGGGGAAAUUGAUUUGUGCGACCACCACGUCACGUCAGACUACUGCUGCUGCUGUGUUGUGUUUGUUUGCUCAGCCGCUCAGUGAACCAGUCUUUGCGUCACUGUCGCUGCCCUUGCGUGAUUGACUGGCUCGCUGCGACGAGAACCUGCCCGCGCGACGAUCAACUUCCUAUUUCUACUCCCUGCCUGCGCCAUCCCAUCUCACGCCAUUUCCUCAUUGACCAGCUCCCUCGCGACCGAACCAGGAAAAUCCGUUGCCGGUUCUCUCAUUGUUUUCGCAACAUCUGGCUCUCGCCUCUUUGGUAUAAGUCGCCAAGUUCCCGCCCCCCCGUCAUCAACUGGACCUGCUCCCGCCUCGCCACCUCCUCAGAUUCUCAUCCGCCCUCAAAAUGCGCGCCUCUGGUAUUGCAACUGCAGUCGUGUACGCGGCCGUUGCCGCUGCGCAAGCUACCCAGGAUGCACCCGUCAUAAAUGGAAACCCUGCCGGCGUCGCCUACAAGGCCGUGCUCCCCAACGCUACUUUCUUUCACGUGGACGAUCUGGUCGGUAAUGUCAAGGGCGUCGUCGUCGCCGAGACCCCGGCCGACGGCGUCGGCGUUAAAUUUACGGUUGAAUUUUCCAACCUGCCCAAGUCUGGCGGCCCUUUCCCGUACCACAUCCACGUCGACCCCGUGCCCUCGGACGGCAACUGCACCAAGACACUGGCUCACCUAGACCCCUACAUCCGUGGCGAGAAGCCGCCAUGCGAUGCCGCGACCCCUGAGAAGUGCCAGGUUGGCGACCUGAGCGGCAAGCACGGCAAGAUCACGGCGGACCCGUUCCGAGCCGAGUACGUGGACAAGUUCAGCUCGCUCAAGGAGGGCGAGGGCUCCUUCUUCGGCAACAGGUCGUUUGUGCUGCACUUUGGCAACACGACGCGCAUCAGCUGCGCCAGCUUCGUCAAGGUGCCCGGAAACGGAACGAAUACUACGACCAAGUAUCCGACCCAGGCCCCGACCAGCGCUCCCACGAGCACAGUCUCGCGUACCGGGAGUGCCGGACUGCCGACGACCACUGGGGUCCCGCCCACGAGCACCGUUGUGCCCAUUGCUGCCGCCGCUCUCUCGAGCGUAUCGCUACCGCUCAUGGUGGUUGCCGCCGCGGCGGCCUUCUUUGCGCUGUAAGGAGGCAUGGUCGGCGUGUCAUAAGCUCCGGUUGCCCGCCCUGGAGCCCUUCCGCGGACGUGUCUUAUUCGACGGGACAUAUUCAGCUUCAUGUUUUUGGUUAAUUUUGAUGGCGAGAGCCUUGAUGAAGAUAAAUAAUUAAUAUGACGAACGAAUCGAAGAC